AUGGACACUUGGAUUUGCGCGACUAUUGAUUCUAUUAUAGACGAUUGGUGGUACCUUUCAUGUGUGCGAUGCAGCUGCUCGAUGGAGAAUGACAAAGGAAUCUAUACAUGCCGGAAGUGCUCCCACACUCGCGGCACAUUCCGGUACAGAAUACAAUUUGGUGUUUCCGAUGCUUCUUCAAGUGCAACCUUGAUUUGUUGGGAUAAAGAUUGUCAAAAUAUUGUUGGGAAAAGCUGUGAUAUAUUGAAGCGAGAAUAUGACCAAAAGAGGAAAGACAUCUUUGAACUUCCCGACGAACUUGAUGAGUUAACGGGGAAGACAUAUCUCUUCAAGGUUCGCAUUAAGCCAGAUGAUCCUUUCAGCCAAAGCUCUACAUUUUCUGUGAUUAAAGUGGUUGUUGAUGAGCACUUGGUUUCCAAGUAUAGUCAAUGGGUCGUGCAGUAUGAUGAAUCGGAUUUCUUAACUCUCUUGCAAAGAGAGGAAACUGCGAGUGGAUUGGAUCCUGCUUUAGAAGAUGAGGCAUCCACCCCAUUGAAGAAAAUGCAAGAUAAGAAUGUUGCUGGGGACAAUGCAAUUGCAAAACGGAACCUUUCUGAUCAAUUUGCUGCCGAGUCCGUUACAAGCAAUAAAGGGAAAGCCAAGGUUGAUAAUGAUGGAAAUUUGCUCGAAGAUAAGAACGAAUGA